UCCACCACCAUUAACUCUAACACAAUUACAUUAUAAUGCAUCGACUCAAUAUAGUCCAAAAGAAGUUAAACAUAUGGAUGAUAUUUCUACUCAAACUAUUCUAAAUAAAUUUCAUGAUGUUUCAACACAAUUUAGUUCGAUUGAAAUAAUAAAUAAUUCCGAUAAUUUUAAUCUCGUAAAUCAAUUAAUACCAAAAAAGAAUCAAUAUAAUGAUCCUGUUUAUGUUAAUAUAUCUCCUCAAUUAAGUCCACAAGAAAAUAAAUCUAAACAUACAAAUAUUUCAACUCAAGUUAUUGAAGAUCAACGAAAUACACUUAUGAAUGAAUUAAAAGAAGUUUUCACAAUACCUAAAGAAGAGCUAGAUAGAAAAUCUCCUCCUAAUCAUACUGUACGAAGUCUUGUUUCAAUGUUCGAAACAACAACACCAGCUAAUAAACUUCAUAUAAACAUUCCAAAUAAUAAAACAUCAAUAAAAUCUAUUACAAACGAUUCAAAAAUUUCCAAUUCAUCAAAUAAGGAAAAUGAAAAAAUUCCUUCAUCGAUAAAUGAUGAUGUAAUUGAACAAUAUGUAAAUGAAGUCGUAUCAAAUAUAGUUGAUAAUGCUAUUUUAACAGCAGCAAUAGAAACAACAAGUUAUUCUAAUGAACAACAGCAACAACAACAGCAACUACAACGACGUUUUUCAUUUUAUAGUAAUGGUGGUGGACAUGGAAAAAGUUUAUUAUUUCAAUCAAAUACAUUUGUACCAACUAUUGAUAUAAUUAAACACGAUACAGAUGAAAAUUUCCGGGGUAUUUCAAGUGAAUUCUUUUCAUCUGAAAUAAUUCCUUCUUCUUUUUCAAAUUAUCCACUAGUUGAAUCUCAAGCAUCGAAUGUAUUAAUAAACGAUGCUGUAAUACCUAAUGAAUCUCAACAUACAUUAAUCGUUGGUCGAUAUAUAAAUGGUGACGAAUCGAAUCGAUCAAAAAUAAAAAAACAACGUAGUUUUAUUUACGAUACGAAUAAUAACAAUAAUGAUUCAAGUUCAUUAUCAUCGUUUGAUGAUGAACAACCUGAUCAUCAACAAUUUCUUUCUAAUAGUCAACUUUUUUCUGCACAUGAAUUAUAUAUUCGACCAUGGCUUGUAAGACGAGCAACAGCACCUGAUAUUCAUUGUCUUGAUAAUGAUAUUAAUGAUACAUAUGUUGAAAUAAUACCAAUAGAUUCCAUCGAUACAUAUUUUAAUAUUUUUCCAAGUAAUCCUGUUCUCGAUUUAGCUACACAUUAUACUUGUUUAAUAACAAUUUUACUUUAUCUUCAUGAUGUUCAUGAUGAAUAUUCAAAUGAAAUUUUAUAUGAUGAACUUGAUCAAAUACAUAAACAAAUAAUAGAUUCACUAUUACCAUCACCAAUUGCUCCGACAUCCAAUGUAUUUCAAACAACAAAUCAAGAUGGAAGUAAACGUUAUCGUACUGGAUUUGUUCUUGAUAUAAAUUCACCUAAUACAUUAAUUCGACCUAAACUAUAUGCAAAACAAAUUGAAUGGAAACAUGUUAAAAUUAUUAUACGACGUUUUAGAAAAAAAUAUCAACAUUAUAAACAAAUAAUAAAAAAUGAUAAGAAAACUAAAUCGAAUCAAUUUAAUAUUGAAAAUUAUUUAAAAUAUUUUGAUUCGACAUCUAAACGUCGCAUGAUAAAAUAUGCGAAACAUUAUGCAGAAAAAUUAUAA